AUGCCGAUGGCGGACGUCGCGCCACCGAGCAAGAAGCAGCGCCGCAAGCAGGAGAAAGCUCGAUGGCUAGCGGAGCGCAAAGCUGCGCGACACGCUGAGGGCAUCGUGUCCUCCAAACGGAAACGCCGAAAUCAGCGUCAAAGUCGUGCGACGGUGAGUACAACUCCGUCCGCCGCCGUCCACUACCAGGAAUGCACGUCCGCCACUUGUGACAAUCGACUGGCUGGGAGCCUCUGCGUCGUCCGCAGCAUCGAGCCGUACGUGCAUCGCUUUGCGCUGUUCGCUAAAGGCCGUUGGGCAGGUCGCAGCUUGCGUGAACUAUUUGUCAGCGAAUUCCCGACCCUCUCGACCGAUUACUGUGUUCGAGCAGCUCAGCUUGGACUCAUUCGAGUAAACGGAGAAGUGGUGGAUCUGGACACGGUGGUCAAUGGUGGAGAUUUCUUCGAGCACAUUAAGCAUCGGCAUGAGCCUAGUAUUCAUUUGCCUGUGGAGAUUUCCACGGAGAUAUCGACGAUAAAAUCGCUGUCUAAUACAUGGAUACACUUGGAGACGGACGAGUUAGUGGUGGUGGAUAAGCCCUCUGGCAUCCCAGUGCAUCCGACCGGGGGUUUCCAGCUCAACUCAUUGACGCACAUGCUGCAACAUGAUCGACGAAAAACAACGGUAGAGGAGGAAGUUGAGACGUUGGAACUCUUUCCAGUGCAUCGACUGGAUCGACUGACGUCUGGUUUGCUGAUACUUGCCAAGUCAGCGGAUAAGGCUCGCAGUCUUACAGCUGAGCUGACAGCUACUUCGUCGGAGGAAGGAGCUGGCAGUCGCUCAGUGCAGAAAUAUUAUGUAGCACGAGUGGAGGGCGAGUUUCCUGAUACAGAAGACGGGUUUGCAGGUGUCGAGGGGCUUAGUUCUGGACUUGUACAGAUCGAAAGCGCAGAUGACGGAUUCUGGCGCGUGGAUGCCCCGAUCGGCUUGAAAUCGCCACGUCAAGGGCAUGUGCGGUGUGUAAUUGAGUCUGAAGAUUCCAAACCUUGUGUAACGCUAAUGCGUCGAUGUGGAGAACCUGUGGAUGGUGAAAGUAUCGUAGAGUGUCUCCUUGUAACGGGGCGAACGCACCAGAUCCGAGUGCAUUUACAGCAUUUAGGCUUCCCGAUUGUGAACGACCCAAUGUACGGAUCUGUGAAAGGAAUGAAGGCGAUGGAGUCUACAUCCCAACAAGUUAUGCGCAAUGUUGCUGCAGCUGCUGAAAAGGCUUUUGACAACAAGAAAUUUGAAGGUGAAGAUGAUGAACAUCGAUGCAUUCGCGUUUGCGAAAUCUGCACAGCUAAGAUGCAAGGAACUUUGACGAUAGAGGAGGAGGAUACAGUGCUGUGGUUGCACUCCUACCGAUAUGAAUCACCAAAUUGGUCAUUCGAGGUGCCCCUGCCACACUGGGCCACGCUACGCAAAGCAAUAAAUUCAUAGGGUAUCGAAUCGUAUUUCUUAGACUAACAUGCAAA